UCUCAAAUUGUAUUGAUAACCGAAAUUAAACAAAUAACAUUGCAUUUUAGGUUAUUAAAACUACUGUAGCUUAUUGUAACAUAAUGCGAACGAUAAUGUGAUAACUUUAUCGCCGAUCAGCAGCAAGUAUAGUGCAAUAAUUUUUAACGAGAUAUGAAAGAAUUAAGAUUAUGAAACUCGCGGUACUCUUAACGCGUUUGAAGUACUUUGCAGUCUAAUAUUUAUCAUGUUAUCAAAUAGGAUUAAAUUGAAAAAUACAAAAAAAAAUAAAGCGAUCGUUUCGAUAGAUCAAUCAAUUUUUUUUUGUAUCUGCGAGAGAUGUACGAUGCACGAUGUAAUUUUUUAAGAUUCUCGUGUUAUGCGAUAGCCAGGGAUCUAUCAAGGAUCUUAAUUCGCUCGAAUUUACUUAGGAAUCUUAAUAACGAUAACAGAUCAGAAAAAUCACUUGGUGAACGACACUUUUUUAUCGACUAUCUAAGUUUAUAAGAUAAUACUGAUGAAACGUAAAAAAAGAAGUUCAACUCGUUUCUCAAUGUUACGUUUAAAUGGAUACAUACGUAAUAUUUUCCCUUUGCAUACUCGCUUUUAACAUAUUUUAUCGUAUUUCGAUUUGUUUGUAUUUUUUACAAAUGUUCAUUUUUUUCAAGUCAUCGUUUACGUGGAACUACGAUUCGUAGCUUGGAAAGUUAGCAUAAUAAAUAUAAAGUCGAAGUUGAAGAGGGAGAAAACUUAUAUUUAUCUAACCCUACGUAGAUACGAUACGUUAAAGAUUCAGACACGCAAGCGCAAUUUCCAAGUUGUUCGACAGAUCGACUAUAUUGGUCGAGGUUGGAGACCGAUGCUAGAUCUCAAUCGAGAAUUCUCAAAAGGGUCGUAGGACGAAAAGGAAGGAUGUUCUCGAAGAAGAAUUACGACGAUGAUUUGCGUUACGCGAUCGAGCCUAAUCGUUACGUGCUUCUUUCUCUCGGAAUCCGAAUAAGGUAUUCGCAAGUGAACAAACGGGAAUCGUUCUUAGUCAAAAGUUCACGAUUACUUUUGAUCCUUCUCAAUUUCGUCAUUAUACUUUACGUGGUAAUACCUGGUUUUCUGCACAUCUUUCUAAAAGAGACGACUACCUACGGGAAGAUUCGAGUGAUCCAACCCAUCCUGUAUUCCUCUAUGACCCUAGCGAAAUAUAUUGUACUCGUCUUCUGUAUCGAGCGAAUGGAUGUUUGCUUGAAAUAUGUCAGAGAGGACUGGAAGAACGCAGUGGAUACUUAUACCCGAAAUACGAUGAAAAAGAAGGCGAUAAUUGGAAGGCGUUUUUUCAUUAUUUGUGGUUCGCUCAUGUACGGAAGUGGCAUUCUUUUUAGAGGUAUCAUACCUUUGACCAAAGGGAAGAUUACGAUCAAUGAGAAUUUUACGAUCAGACCUUUACCUUGUCCUUGCUAUUUCGUCUUCUUCGACCCUCAACAUAGUCCAGCUUACGAGAUCGUCUAUUUUCUUCAAUGUCUCUCCGGUAUGGUCACAUAUUCGAUCACAACCGCGAUAUGUGGGCUGGCAGCUUUCUUAAUUAUGCAUAUUUGUGGACAACUCGAGAUCUUGGUGACGCUGAUGGAGAGGAUAGUCGAAAAAACUGAUCUUCCGAGUGAGAACGUGCACGCCAAAAUUGCUCUCGCUGUUGAACAUCAGAUAAGAGUUAGGAGCUUUUUGCGAGCAGUGGAACAUACGCUGCAGCAAAUUUGUUUGAUCGAAAUAAUGGGAUGUACUCUGAUGGUAUGCAUGUUGGCCUAUAACAUAAUGACGGAAUGGACGAAUCGUAAUUUUGCUAUUGUCUUCAUGUACAGCAUAGCAUUGUCAUCAAUUAUAUGCAACAUAUUCAUCUUGUGUUACAUCGGCGAACAACUGACGUUACAGGCGGAGAAAGUAGCGAGGAAAUCGUGCACUCUGGAUUGGUAUAAUCUUCCUGCAAAAAAAUUAUCGGAUCUCGUUUUGAUGAUUGCAAUAUCCAAUCGUCCGAUGAAGAUCACCGCUGGAAACAUAUUCGGGCUUUCUUUUCAAACUUUCGGUAACGUUAUCAAAACAGCGGCGACUUAUUGCAAUAUGUUACGAGCUGUUACAUCGUGAGUUUGGUUCGCGCAUUAAAUCAUAGAGAUAACGAGGAAAAAAAAUUAUGUAAAUGCAAAAAAAUAAAGUGAGAUAAUGUAAUACGUAUAUUGUUUCAAUAAUAUCCAUUUUCUGUCUGAUCUACGUAGAAUCAACGUUCACUUUCGAAAAAACAUAAUGAACGGUUCCGGAAGAACAGCACGGUGUUUAAUUCUAGUAAUAGCGACG